AUGGCUGCAAUGCCAAAGCGGGUGACCGACAACCCCUGGUCCUUGCUGGCACAUCUUGAUGUCGCGGCAGGGAGCAAGACAGAUCCCGUUUUAGCUUUUCUGCCCUGGGGCAAAGACUCAGGCGGGGCAGCUGGUCCAAAGUGUGUUGAGGCGAGGGAACUUGCAAGCCUGCAAGCCGGCCAUGUGCAGGUCCGGGUAGAGAGACAGGUCAGAGACAAGUCAGAGGGUAGCGUUGGCGCCGGCGCCGGCGGCCAGGGACCGGCGGCGAAGCAAUAUCUCAGAGCGUAA